AUGGCCUCUGUCUUCACAUACGACCCUGAUCCUCCUCGGGUCUCCUCGCCCUGGAUUCUGGCCGAUGAUGCAGACAGCCCUCAGGGAUCCGGAGCGGCGGUGACUCAGACCGGCUUGCUGUCUGAGUAUGGUGUCACGAGGCUUGAAGCUGAGCCGCAGACCGGCCCGAUAGAAUACAAGCUGCAUUUGCUCUUGCGGUCGCGGCGCAGCUAUGUGUACAUGAGUACCGUGCAUCCGAAGAGAGACAGGCUUCAUGCCCAGCCUGGGGAUGGGUCGGCAAUGUACUCUGCGUCUCCUGCAUCGUCGAAUCAACCGCGCCAGGAGCGUCUCCAACGUCUUACAACGCAGCUGCUUUGGCGCUUGCAACAGUCGUCGCCGUAUCAUGCGACCAGCUCCAGAGAAGUGAGAAUACCAAAGUUAUCAGACGGCAAGGAUGAUGCCAAUUUGGAUCUCUAUGGCACCCAGAUCCCCGGACUUGAAGAGUCGCAGGGUGCCUUAUAUGAGAUAGGUGUCUCUGAUGACGGAACACUCAUUGGGCUCACCAAAGAUGAGCUGGAUGAAAGUAUUGCUACUCUCAGAAUCAUGGCCGCGAGUCUUGGAUGCGGCAUUACCGUACUGCGAAUGAACCCAGUUCAGGUUACCAAACAGGAUAAACUCUGGGUGGCUGAAGCAUUGAUUACGCCCAAUACUGAGCUGCAGCAUUCAAAAUCUUUCACUGAGAGCGGGAGCUACAAAGCAUCUCAUGGUGGAACUCCUCUGCAAUCUUCUGCGCCAAACACAGUUCCAGGCCAUGCCAAGUCUACAACUCCGCAGCUGCGAGUUACCUUGACGGGCCCUAUAGCGUCAGGGAAGUCGAGUCUCUUGGGAACGCUAUCUACGGGUACUCUGGAUAAUGGCCGAGGCAAAAGUCGCUUGAGUUUGUUGAAGCAUCGCCAUGAGAUGGCAUCCGGAAUGACCAGCUCUAUUGCACAAGAGCUCAUCGGAUACGAGGGAAGGCACAUUUACAGCUUUUCUCAUCGCAACAUUGAAUCAUGGGUUGACAUUCAUGACUAUUCUAGCAAUGGCCGACUGGUGUUUAUGUCUGACUCGGGUGGUCAUCCGAGGUAUCGACAUACAGUCUUCCGCGGGCUUAUGAAUUGGGCGCCGCACUGGAUGGUUCUCUGCAUUGCUGCGGAUGACGCCGAGGUGACUCCUCGAGCUCAUGACACAGCUUCCUCCGCAAUAGACUCGGGAGAUACUGACUUGGUAAAGGCCCAUUUGGAUCUUUCGCUCAAGCUUGAUGUCCCGCUGGCUAUUGUCAUUACGAAACUAGAUCUCGCGUCUAAACCUGAUCAACAGCCACAAGAUCAGUUGGCAGAAAUCCCACAGGCGGACUGGGACAAACAUGUCCCUAUCGUGUUUACGAGUGUCUUGAAGGGCGUUGGCGUCGGUCUUGUUCAUGCUUUACUAGCAAGUCUGCCUCUACCGGCGCACGAUUCUACAGAAACAACUCUGCAGCCAGGGCAACCGACAGACCUGUUCCAUAUUGAUGACACAUUCAGCUUGUCUAGAUCGCCGGAUGAUUCGCUAUCUGCAGAAGGGGUCAUUGUAUCCGGCCAUGUUCGACUCGGUAGCUUCUCUGUCGGGCAAACCAUCGUUGUAGGACCAUUUUGGUCGGGUCAAAAUCGUACCUCGAGCUCUGAAAGUCAUUCAUCAGCUGACGAUCGUGGAUCGCCAAUGCUGAAUGCAGCGUUAGCCGAACAUGUCAAAAGCGCCCGGACGGAUGGCACACCACCAUCCAUUGCGGCAGACGAAUGGCAGAAAGGGCGCAUCGUUAGCAUCCGCAACCUUCGAUUGCCCGUGGGGACAUUGGAAGCUGGCCAAGUUGGAUCAAUAGGCCUCGUGUUUGAGCCAAGCCAAACCGAACUCACUCCCUUAACGGAUACUCCUCAGAUUCAAAGGGGGAUGGUAAUGGCGACGCUACCCAUUGAUGUGCUUGGCAAUGAAAUCCCCAUCCAGGCUUCACGUGGGUUUACGGCGACCUUUGACGAAGGUGCUGCCCAGUUCCCUCCGCCAGGCACAACAGUUAACGUGCUGUUUGCUUGUGUCAGAACUGCUGCCCGGAUCCUGGACGUCUCUGUUCAGCAUCGCGCCGGAUCAAGUGAGGACAUAGAUGACAUAGGAGGCACCGUGACCAAAGUGUCAGUGGAAUUCGUUCAUAGUCGUAAGUGGGCUGAGCUAGGGACAUCAGUCAUCAUCAUGGGAAAUAGUAGUCAAGAUGGAUCGGGUUUGCAGGGCUUUGUUGGAAAGAUCACGGAGCUUGUGUGUUGA